AUGCAAGAAAUUAUCACCAUAGCAACUUCACAUAGAGCUAAUCAUUUAGCGACCCAAUUUUUCAACUGUCAAGAGCAAUAUCUUUAUGAACAGGAGUUAGAUCCAACUAUCUUUCUGAACCCUACGAUCGACAAGAUCUCAAAAACAGCCUCCUAUGCGCCAAGAGCACUUUUAUGGGAGGCUCGUUCAGGUAGUGGAUCUCUAGGUAUCUAUGAAUACACGGCCAGUACGCAAGAUCACCAUUUUUCCAACCCCAAUGACAAUUACGAUAACAGCGAACUCAUCUUUACUAUGCCACGAAUAAAAAAAUCCGAAUAUCAAGUUGCUAUUGAUUCUAGUGCAACACCGCCAAAACUAAAUACUUCUAAUACCAACUACUGGUCUGACUAUAAUAAAUUGAUAUAUGACACAUCAAGUUUGAAUUUCUUGAAGGAUUGGAAUCACGAUGUAAAUGAACCGAAUCUGCCCUAUUUACACAAUCUUCCUGAAAAACAAUAUAAAGAAAUGGAACUUGGUAUUCAAGCAUUUGAUUCUUCGAAAGAUGAGUUUUUCGACAACCAGUUACGAGUUCAACUGGAAAACUGUGAUUAUUUACAAGGCUUCAAUUUACUUACCGAUUUGGAUAACGGAUGGAGUGGCUUUUCGACAUCUUUAUUGCGAGAGCUGAGAGAUGAGGUUCCUAAGAAGUUUGUAUUCUCUUGGUCUCUCAAUGAAGAUGACUUUUACAGUGGAACAAAAAAGGAUUGCAAAAAUAAAAUAAAAGGCACUGUUGCUCUAGCUGAUGAUUCUGACUUAGUUUUACCAUUAUUCACAGAUUCGGCUAAAUUGAGUAAUUGGGAGGUAGGUGGCCAAUUAUGUAAAAUUUUUGAUUCUGUCAAUUCAUUAUUCUCAGUAAGAGGUAGCCAAAAGCGUAAAAAUAUGAGUUAUUUAGUCGACUUACUAACCGACAAUGAUGAGAAGAGAAACGUGGUUUCAUCCAUGUUAAAUUUAGAUGAAGGCAUUGAUUAUUCAUUUUGUUCAAGAAUUCAAUCCUACCAAGUCAAGAAUGGCUAUGAGCCCCAUAUAUUUAAUUACUGUCAAAUAUCCAGGCAUGACGAGUCAGAGCUAGCCGACAAGGAAAAACCAGUUAAUGCGACAUCUAAAUACAAGAAACUUAAAGAGCUAAAUACCAUUCCAUAUAAUCCAUCUGAUACAAUCCCAGAGCAAUAUGCGGUCAAGAAGAAAUUUUCUGUAAAACUAAGUAUGACUGAAAAGAACAGAGAUAUGUUCAAAAAUUGGAGUAAUUACGUUAGUAAGUAUUUCCGUUUUGACGAUGAUAGGGAAGAACUCAAAAAUGAAUUAAAUGAUAAAGCUGCCGCUUAUGAAUUCGGUUGUUAUUCUGAUGAAGAUUCCGGUGAUGAUGAUUUAUAA